AUGUUCAAUCUGUCCAACGCCCCGACUGUUCCCCUCGACGAGGACGAACUCAGCUCCGAAGCGGAUGAACCUCCUGAAGAUCAGUUAUCGCCUCUCACCAACUUUCCUACACUCAAGACCGGUUCCCUUUAUCAGAAAGCCAAGGCACCUCCCAAUCCCCGAAGAGAGUCAUUGUUGACUCGUGCCAUCUUAGCAGAGUCAAGAGACGAUGAGCAGUCCCUUCAGUCUCCCUCUGCCUCCCGUGGUCUUUCCACAACCUCCUCCCACAGCACCGCCAGUAUGGCAUCCACUGCGGAACUGACAAGCGAUGGAGAUGCUACAAGCCAGUCACGCUCGGCCACCCCAAGCCCGCCGCCACCUCCAGGUCGUUUUCAUGAUCUACUCAACAUGAAGAAGCCCGUCUCUCCUCACGUGAAUGUUGUCAUUGCUCCACUUACAAAGGACGACAAACCAGCAAUCGCUGAUGCUGGUGAAGCUGCGCUUGAGAAGACACUAGGCCGGAAGCGUUGUAUCAUGUUCGCCUGCGGCGGUGCAGAAUCAAGAGACAAGGACAACGUCGUGGCCAAAGAAGAACCUGUCAAGCCCGAUCCUCCGAAGCGUAAAUGUGCUCUCACAUUUGCAUGUCCAACACGCUCCAACACCAAUCAAGUCAAGUCACCAGUCUCUGACAAGGCAGAGAAUGAACACAAAACCGCACGACGUCCAUCACCAGCACCCCUCUCCAGACGCAAGUCGACCAGCGAUUCCGUGGAACUCUCCGGUCGUUCGGCUGACACUGCUACGAAUGCUCCUACUUCACACCACCCACCUCCCUACCGCGCCCAACCUUCCUUUCAUGAAUUUGGUAGUUCCCACGACGAGACCGAUGCUUGGAUUGAUAGGCCUCAAACCCACGAACAGAAGUUGACCUUGAAUGAUUGUAUGCAGAAAGAGAACCGCAUCCGUCAAAUUGGACGUGAAGCUGAGGAGGAAGCUGAGGAGGAGGAGCGUGAGCAGGAAGAGCUAGAACUCGAGGAGCUUGAUGAUAACGACAAUGAAGACGAUUUUGCAUCUUCCGACGAUGGCUCAGAUGACGGAAAUGAAUCCGACGAUGAAGGAGGCUUCGCCAGCUCGGAUGAUGAAAGUGACGCUGGUUCUGGGUACCGCUUCUGGGCCCCUUCGACGACAACCGCUGCCACAAGCAUUGAGCACUUCAAUAUCAGCCACUUCAGUGCUCGCCAGCAAUCACAGGCAAGUUCUGUGGAAUCUUUGAUACAUUAUGGUAGUCCAAAAGCACUCUCGAUGAAGAGGCCCAUCACCAAGACUCGCCCAGUCGGCACUAAAGCGAUCAGGAUGCGUCCUGGAACCCCUGAAUUGCCAGAUAGUACAGACUUCGUCUGUGGAACUCUGGAUGAGGAUCGUCCGUUGGAAGCAGCAUACCUCUCGUGUUUAGAGCAGAAGAAACGGAGGAAACAUAUCCUCAUUCCGCAGGAUAUCGAUCCAAGUUUUCCCACCACAGACCCCGAAGAGGAAGAGGAUGAAGAGGACGAAGUUGAUGAAUCUGAGCACAGCUCUGGCGGACCCCGCUGGCUAAAGGACCAGUUUGCUGGCUUCGAAGAAGAGCAACGUCCACGAGGGCGACGGGGUUCACACACGGUCAAGUCUCCUCCUUCUUCUCAGUCCUCGACACCAUCCCUUCAUCAUGGACAUACUUACCGCCCAGUUGAGCACCGCCGGGGACUUCAUCGCUCACCUCCGCCACGAAAAUUAUUUGGCCACUCUCCAACGCGUAUGAGGUCACCGCCGCCAGCCCGGCUUAGAUCUCCUCGCGGAUCCCCAACUAAUGCUAAUCUUCAUGUACCUUUCAGAUGGGGCACAAGAGGUCUUGGCCAACGUCCUACUAUGGAACGCACGGCGUCUCUUCCCGACACACCUAAUCCUUUCUUCAAGAAUUUUAAUAUCGGAAGCCCUUCGAUCUCCAACAUCGCCUCCGGUGCUGUGACUCCUGCGGUUGAGGAGCCUCCACGACUGGACAUGCAUGUGCGCGGUCCUGUUGACAUUGUCAUCGGCCUCGAGAAAAAGCGUCAGAAGCGGAAGGAGAAGUACUGGCGCCAGCAUUGUCGCAAAGCAGCCAAAGAGCAAGCUGAACGACGAACUGUACCUGGACGCGGUGCGGAGAGAAUGAAGGAGCUUGGAUUGGAAUGUGCUGAGCGUAAUCGAGGCUAUGGUCUCGGCCAGCAACAACAGCUGGUCAUCUCACUUUGA